AUGUCAGUGUCAUCAGUUGAGUUCCUUGCAGCAGUGAGGGAAGAAGAUCCAUCCUUGGAGAGACACUUCAAAGGCCACAGAGAUGCUAUCACUAGCGUGGACUUCAGUCUCAAUAAAAAGCAAUUGGCAAGUGGCUCAAUGGAUUCGUGCUUGAUGAUCUGGAGUAUGAGACCUCAGACGAGAGCCUAUCGCUUUGUGGGCCACAAAGAUGCAGUGAUGUGUGUGCAGUUUUCACCUUCUGGUCACUUGGUGGCUUCAGGCUCUAGAGACAAAACAGUCCGUUUGUGGAUUCCCAAUGUCAAAGGAGAAUCUACUGUGUUCAAGGCUCAUACAGCAACUGUAAGAAGCGUUCAUUUCUCCAACGAUGGCCAGUCCUUAGUUACAGCUUCUGAUGACAAAACAGUCAAAGUGUGGACAGUUCACAGGCAGAAGUUUCUGUUCUCACUUAGUCAACACAUAAACUGGGUUCGCUGUGCCAGGUUCUCUCCUGACGGGCGAUUAAUAGUGUCAGCCAGCGAUGAUAAAACUGUCAAACUGUGGGAUAAAACCAGCAGAGAAUGUAUACAUUCCUUCUGUGAGAAUGGGGGGUUUGUGAAUCAUGUGGAAUUUCAUCCCAGUGGUACCUGCAUUGCUGCAGCUGGUGCAGACAACACAGUGAAGGUGUGGGAUGUUAGGAUGAAUAGACUCCUUCAACAUUAUCAAGUGCAUAGUGCUGUGGUAAACAGUCUUUCCUUUCACCCUUCUGGAAACUAUCUGGUUACUGCUUCCAAUGAUUCAACUCUUAAAAUUCUGGACUUGCUAGAAGGAAGACUUCUGUAUACUCUUCAUGGUCACCAGGGGCCAGCCACCUGUGUAGCCUUUUCAAGAACUGGAGACUUAUUUGCCUCUGGAGGUUCUGAUGAACAGGUUAUGGUGUGGAAGACUAACUUUGAUGCGACAGAUUAUGGUGAUGUACUUAAAACACAGAAGUCUGGCACUAGCAUGGAUGGAACCCACCACACUCUGCAAUCAGAAAUGGAUUGUGGUUUUCAUCUUAAGAAAACAAAAACUCGGGAUCCUGGUAGGAGCCACGAGCAGCAAGAGGAGGAGAUCAGUCUUGCAAAUACCUUGGAGCACAUUAUGGGACAGCUGGAUGUUCUGACUCAGACCGUUUCUAUCCUGGAGCAGAGGCUGACACUCACUGAAGACAAGCUGAAGGAAUGUCUUGAGAAUCAGCAGAAAAUCAUUCAGAACAAAACAAGCUGA